AUGAAAACCAAAAAUGUUUCUCAAAAACAACCUUCAAUUAAUUGUAGCAGAUCUCCUACAAAGACAUCUCAAUGGAAAAUGCGAUCAACAUCUGGAGUCUUUGCACAAUUGACAUCAGCACAGAUUAAUGAACUUAAAGAAUCAUUUACUUUAUUGGACAAAAAUGGUAAUGGAGUAAUUGAGAAAGAAGACCUUCAAGCGAUGCUUAUAUCAUUGGGACAAGAUUCAUCAACGUCGGAUAUAUCUUACAUGCUGAGUCUUAUGCCAAGUCCUUUAAAUUUUGCGGCAUAUCUUACUUUUUUUUCUACACAUCUUUCAGCAAUAUCUCCAAGAGAAGAAAUUAUAGAUGCAUUUCGAACUUUUGAUGAAAAUAACUCGGGAAAAGUGAAUUUAAAUGAGUUAAAAGAUGCACUUAUGACUAUGGGAUCAAGAAUGUCAGAAGAACAAGUUAAUAAUGCUCUUAAACGAUUUGUAAGCGGGAAUUAUAUUCUGUAUCGAGAUUUAGUAAAUGCUCUAGCAGGGACAGAAGAACAAAAGAAUAAUACCUAA